AUGGUCACGCCCUUUAUCCUCAGAAUCUCAGGACUCUUCAUCCUCGUUUUGUUCGCUUCAGUUUGCAUAGCCAUGUCGGAUUCCACCGCCACACCGCUGGACCAGCAUGCCACCGGUUCCCCCUCUGCGCCGGCGGUUCACAUCGUCUACACCGAGAGGCCACAGGAUGAGGAGCCCGAGGCUUACCACAUCCGAACCCUCUCUGCUGUCCUUGGCAGCGAGGAGGCUGCCAAGGAAGCUUUGUUGUAUAGUUACAAAACUGCAGCUAGUGGGUUCUCUGCUAAGCUUACUCCGGAGCAGGUUGAACAGAUUUCAAAGCAACCAGGUGUUCUUCAAGUUGUUCCUAGCAGGACAUUACAGCUUCAUGGACCAACUAACCCGCAGUAG